AUGCAGAAGCAUCGUGUUCGUGAAAUUUCGAAACGAGUCAGCUUUAAAUACGAGGUUGAGCAAGUCCGCAGCCUCCCGGAGCCCGUGUACGACUUCACCACUCUCUUGAAUGAUUAUGAGGCACAAAACAGUUGGUAUCACACCAUAUUUCUGUUACCACCGACCGAUCUCAAGGGCAUUGAGGACAUUUACCCUCCGUCCUUCUUCUCUAAUUCGAAUUUCUACACCGAUGAAGUCACCCUAGGCAAACUGGAUACUUUGGGCGCUGAGCACCCCUCUACUCUGAUGACAAUGCACAAUGUUAGAAGUUUCUACGCUGACGAGGGCAAAGUGGAGGAGGCGGAGGUGCUUUAUUACACGGCCCUAUUAGGAAAGCUUAGGGUUCUUAGCCCUGAGUAUAUAUCGAUACUAAACACUAUGAACAAUAUCGGCAUUCUUUAUCGCUACAACGGCUAG